UAGGUGUUCAACAAGUAAGUGUUCCCUGGAAAAGUUGAAAAGAAGAAACCAUCAGGUUCCCUAAAGUAGCCUAAGAUUCUUUCUAACUUACAGAGGUGGUUGGGUUGAAUUCCCACAUUCUCAAAUCAGAGGGCUGAGGUUCACCCAGUACAUGGUAUAUUUUUCUCUGAAGAAAGCUACUCUGAAUGCAGAUUAAGUCUCGAAGCCCUACAAAGGACAACCGGGAAAGCACAGUGCCUUCUAAAUCCCUUUGGGGACCAGGCUCUCCUCUCUGUGUGUCUGAGUCUGCGGGUGAGUGUGCAUGGGUGGGGGAGGUUGUGGUGGGGCCGGAGGGCAUAGGCAAGAGGGAGGAGAGAAACCCCAAGCGGUGAUUAUGUGGAGGGGAUUUGCUAUGUCUCUUUUCCUCCCCCCCUUCUUUCUUUGUCCUCUUUCUCCGUGUUCCUCUCUUUGUCCCCUUUUCCUCGUCUCCUUCUUCUGCAUUUGUCUGGGAGGAUCCUGGAGUGUUCUUUUGAUCGACUCAAUCUUUCUCUGGCACUUGAGUUCUGAUUGGCUGAAGGACUUAGAAGGGGAAAAAAAACUUUAAUUAAGUAGAUAAUCUCUUCUUUGGAAGUUUGGCAGCUCCAUUUCACCUCUCCCUAACUCUGUUUGGGAUCGCUUACACACCACUGAAGUUGGGACUUGAGGAGAAUUCCAUCCCACUACCACUGAGGGGUCUAUUUCCCCAUCUUGUCUGUCUCCCAAGUUUUUAGAAUUUUCUAUUUCUGUUGCUCCAGAGGAUUAUGUUGCUUAUGAAGCCUUCUGUGUGCAUCUUCCUUUUCACCUGUAUCCUCCGACCCAGCUAUACCUGGUCAGUGAACAAUUUCCUGAUGACUGGUCCAAAGGCUUACCUGAUCUAUUCCAGCAGUGUGGCAGCUGGUGCCCAGAGUGGUAUUGAAGAAUGCAAGUAUCAGUUUGCCUGGGACCGAUGGAACUGCCCUGAGAGAGCCCUGCAGCUGUCUAGCCAUGGUGGCCUUCGCAGUGCUAAUCGGGAGACAGCGUUUGUACACGCCAUCAGUUCUGCUGGGGUCAUGUACACUCUGACUAGGAACUGCAGCCUGGGGGAUUUUGACAACUGUGGCUGUGACGACUCCCGAAAUGGGCAGCUGGGGGGCCAAGGCUGGCUGUGGGGAGGCUGCAGUGACAACGUGGGCUUCGGAGAGGCAAUAUCCAAGCAGUUCGUCGAUGCCCUAGAGACAGGACAAGAUGCCCGGGCAGCCAUGAACCUGCACAACAAUGAGGCCGGCCGCAAGGCGGUGAAGGGCACCAUGAAACGCACGUGUAAGUGCCACGGUGUGUCCGGCAGCUGCACCACGCAGACCUGCUGGCUGCAGCUGCCUGAGUUCCGCGAGGUGGGCGCGCACCUGAAGGAGAAGUACCACGCGGCUCUCAAGGUGGACCUGCUGCAGGGGGCUGGCAACAGUGCCGCCGGCCGAGGCGCCAUCGCUGACACCUUCCGCUCCAUCUCCACACGGGAGCUGGUGCACUUGGAGGACUCCCCGGACUACUGCCUGGAGAACAAAACGCUGGGACUGCUGGGUACCGAGGGCCGAGAGUGCCUACGGCGCGGGCGGGCCCUGGGCCGCUGGGAGCGCCGCAGCUGCCGCCGGCUCUGCGGGGACUGCGGCCUGGCGGUGGAGGAGCGCCGCGCCGAGACCGUGUCCAGCUGCAACUGCAAGUUCCACUGGUGCUGCGCGGUCCGCUGCGAGCAGUGCCGCCGGCGCGUUACCAAGUACUUCUGCAGCCGCGCCGAGCGACCGCGGGGGGGCGCGGCGCACAAACCCGGGAGAAAACCCUGA